CGGACGCACUGGGAAGACAGUUGUUUACAAACAACCAAAAGUGUCAGAAACUAACCGAAAGCAUUGGCGAAAAUUAGCACAUGCAGCAAAUCGUUAAUUUUGACAACAACAUGGAGGCCGACAGUAGUCUUUAGCGAUUGUAACUCAUAUCCACGCAUGGUGUUUUCAGUGCCUUUCUUACAGUCAGGUUUGAUUGAUGUACAGUGUCUGUGGGGGCAGUGAGAUAAAGCUAAGCAGGUGCAGUGUCCAAGUUCCACAGAGGUGUUGGCUGUGGGCAGUCACCAGGACACAUGGCAGAGGAAGGCAACAAGCUGACACUGAGGCGCCUGGAGGCACCGAUCCACAAGUUCAUUAAAGUGGCUCUACCCACGGACCUGGAGAGGCUGCAGAAACACCACAAUAACAUACUGAAGUACCAGCAUAGCCAGCAAUGGGACCGCCUUCAUCAGGAGCAAAUCAACGCCAGCAGGACGGUUCAGCAGUUGAGGGCAAACAUCAGAGAGAUGGAGAAGCUGUGUUCUCGGGUCCGAGCUGAAGACGCUGACGCACUGGAAGCGCUUGUCAAGCCGGUCAGAGACAGGGCGUCGACUGCCACACGAGACUUCCUGCAUUUGCACUCUAACCCUGUGUCUCAGCCACCUGCUGCUCAGCCGUCCAGCUGUGUGUCCAGCAGCUGCCACGCUGAUGACGACAUGGACGAGGAGCCGGUGUCUGGCAGGCAAAUCCAGCUCCUCCUUCCAGAAAUCCCUGCUGAUCAGAAUGCAGCUGAGUCCUGGGACAACCUGGAGGAGGAUCUGAAGGAGCUGUGUGGUUUGGUGACAGAGUUCUCUCUGCUUGUCCACUCCCAGCAGGAGAAGAUUGACAGCAUAGAGGACAACGUCAACACAGCCGCUGCCAACGUGGAGGAGGGGACCAAGAGCCUGGGGAAGGCAGUGGGCUACAAGUUGGCAGUGUUGCCGGUUGCCGGGGCUCUGCUCGGCGGUGUGUUAGCAGGUCCAAUUGGCCUGCUGGCCGGGUUCAAAGCUGCAGGGGUGGCCGCCGCUCUGGGAGGAGGUGCCCUGGGGUUUGCAGGAGGCAACCUGGUCCAGAAACAGCGCAAGGCCCAAGUGGAGCUACAGAUGAAACAGUUAAAAGCACUACCGGCGCCAGAAACACCGGCUGAAGCUGAGACGAGCAAGGAUAAAUGACCCAACAGUUCUUGUGUUGGUCGUCCGACCUCGAGUCCUGGCGUACUACUGUUGACUGACCAAUCAGACCUCCUCAUAUCGCCCCAAAGAGACUCUAUACAUAAGCACUGCUGUGCAACGAUGCCGUCCUAACAGCCUUCUUUUGAUGUUUGGGUGUGAAUGACCUGUCUGUGAGGAGAAUUUUAUAUUCACAAAUGAUUUUUUUAAAUUCUGAAAACAGUUAAGCAGUCAUUUAACACUACAGAUGCAUUAAUGUGUGGUUGGGUCAGACUGAUAUGGCUGUUAGUACCAAGUCUUAUUACUAAAAGAAAUCUAUGGCACCAUAUAAUGUAAGUCAUUCUGUCAAAUGCCGUCACUGACAAAAGCUCUGUUGUGUUCCUCGUGAGAGUAUCUUUCUUUUAUCAGAUUUUUCUUUUGCAAAAGGGUUUUCCAGUUAACGAGUGAUCAUGUCUCAGCGUUCCUUUGAGGUGAGCUGCAACAAUUAAGCAGUUGAAAAGAGAAUUAAAGAGGCAUUAUGUAGUUAUAGAGAAGAGAUUCAGACUCUUCUUUUUCAUAUUUACAAUUUCAGUUAGGUAAUUAUACGAACUCAGAAACUUUUAUCUUUUCCAAAACUGAAUAAACAAGCUGUUCUUAGAAAAGGGGGAGUAAAAGUAAAACGGUAUGAACAUGUGUUGUCCUUUGAGGUCAGUUUGUUCAGAGUUUAUCAAGUCACAAAAACAAGACUAUAUAACUAUAUCCUAAUGUGAACAGAUGUACUACAAGAAGAAUGAUGUAAGGAGAAAAUGUUUGCCUAACGUCACUGUAGUGUUACGUUUACCUUAUGGAAAUGUGGUCCUGCUUCUGCCUUUAUGUUAAUUAUACUGUACAUAGACAGACUUGUAUCUGCAAAGUGUAAGAGCAAAAUUGCACAAAAAAAGCACCAAAGUGCCAUGGAUCACUUCAGGGAUGGGAGUGUAAGAAACUGCCCUGUGUUGGAUGUGCUGCUGCUGUUUUGUUGCCAAAUAAAAGGUUUCAACAGUUA